UAGAGACAGGAAAUAGGAUGCAUGCUACAGUGAAGAAACAAGUUACACUGGAAUAAUUGAGGGGUUUGUUUGGCCCAAACAACCGCUCAGCCUUCAAGGACCCUUAAGAUUGUCAAGUGGGUUAUUGGUUUCAUCAUGAAUACCCAUAUGGAACAACAUGCCCAGACCCUCAGACCAGAGAUGCCAGCUGUCUUUGAUGGCAUGAAGCUGGCUGCAGUAGCUACUGUGCUGUACAUCAUAGUGCGCUGCCUCAACCUAACAAGUCCCUCAGCAGCCCCUAAAAUCACCUGUCGGAAUACACCUCUUAAUCACUACCUGCUCAAAUCCUGCUCCAUUCUAACCAAAGAGUACGUUCCACCACUACUGUGGGGUAAGAGUGGACAUUUUCAAACUGCGCUGUAUGGAAAGAUGGGCCGAGUGGACUGUCCUCAGCCCUGUGGCAUGCGCUUGUAUCUUCCAAUGCAUGAUGGGGCUAUGGCCACGUUUGACCUUUUUGAGCCACUUGGUGAUCAUGUAACGGGUGAUGACAUAACCAUGGUGAUCUGCCCAGGGAUCGGUAACCACAGUGAGAAGCAUUAUAUCCGUACCUUUGUGGAUUACUCCCAGAAGCAGGGCUACAGAUGUGCUGUGCUUAACCACCUUGGGGCCUUGCCAAACAUUGAACUCACAUCCCCACGGAUGUUCACCUAUGGCUGCACCUGGGAGUUUUCAGCCAUGGUGAGCUACAUCAGACGUACAUUCCCUCAGACCUCGCUCAUUGUGGUGGGCUUCAGUCUAGGUGGGAACAUCGUGUGUAAAUUUCUGGGAGAGAACCAAGCCAAUCAGGACAAGGUGCUGUGCUGUGUCAGUGUCUGUCAAGGCUAUUGUGCUCAGAGGGCCCAUGAAACAUUUCUACAGUGGGACCAAUGCAGGAGACUUUAUAACUUCUUCAUGGCUGACAAUAUGAAAAAGAUCAUCCUGUCCCACAAAAAAAGCUUGUUUGGACAACAGUCUGGCAAACUGGACGUUGGGGAUUUAAAGUGUCUCUACAUGGCCACAUCGCUUAUGCAGAUUGAUGACUGUAUUAUGAGAAAGUUCCACGGUCAUAAUUCUUUAAAAGAGUUCUAUGAGAAGGAAAGCUGUGUCCAUUACAUUCACAAUGUUAAUGUUCCUCUUCUCAUGAUUAAUUCAUCAGAUGACCCACUUGUCCAUGAGUCUCUUCUGACCAUACCUCACUCCCUAGCAGAACAAAAAGAGAACGUAAUCUUUGUGCUGACACAGCACGGAGGGCACAUGGGCUUCUUCGAAGGCACCAUGCUCUUCCCUCAGCCUCUUACCUGGAUGGACAAAGUCAUCAUCAGCUAUGCUAAUGCCAUCUGCCAGAGGAAGAAGGAGUACCCGCAGUACCACCAAGCCAUGGACUGUACAGAACUCAAAGGCAAAGCUUAGCAAAGUCCAGGACAGGCAUGCUCCUCUUUUCACUCAUAAGUGCAACUAAAAUGCAUUCGAUAGCUGACUCACUUGUCUGAGUGUAUACUGAACACAAAGCAAAAAACGGUCUCAUGGAGACACAUACUGUAUCUCUGUAACUAACAGAAUUUCUCUACAAUACUUGUUCCCUAAGGACAGCUAUACAAUAGGCUUAAGAAGGCUCAUAUACUCAUAAGUAUACUGUAUGAGUUUGUUUCUGGUACUGAAGUGAGCAUAAGUCUAUAAGUGCAUUAAAAAAUAAAUUGCAUCCUUCAUUUUUUGUUAAUAAGAUGAAAACAUUUACACAGUGACUUCAUUGUCUAAAAAUGGGUUGGAGGAUUUGAAGGUGAAUUGAGUUUGCACCCUGACCACUAGUUUAUCCUACUGUCUUACAUACUAAUGAGAUUGCUGCAGUCACUGUUUGCUGGCUGGAAAAGAGAAACUGAUAUGGCAAGAUAGAUCUCUGUGAGAUAAAAUUCAGGUUGUGUGCUUUCCUCUGUGAGACAGUGUCACCCUUUGUUAGCUGACGCUGAAUGUAAAGGAUUUCACUUAAAAUACCAAAGUGCUGUUGAAAUUUUGCUGUAUUGUAGUUUAUAACAGAAAAACUUAGUGUGCACUUCCCACAACAUUAAAUGUAACUAUAAUUGAAU